GUUUACAAUCCUCUUCCCCAUCCUUCGUUUUCUUGGCUCCCAAACGCCCGUUUCUCUCUUCCCCACAAAUGGGUCUCGAAGCUUUUUGUAUUCGAAUUUCUAGGAUUUUCGAAGCGAAGUUUUGAUCAUUACCCUGAGAGCGUUAAUUCUUGGUUUGUUUGAUUGAAUUGUUGGGAUCUAGUAUCUAGAUGUCUACGCUGGAAAAUGGGUCGUAUUGGUGCUACAGAUGCAGCCGAUUCGUUAGGGUUUUGAGCCAGGACUCGUCCGUCGUGUGCCCCGACUGCGAGACCGGGUUCGUGGAGGCCAUCGACAACCCGCUACGGGCCGUCCACCUGGACGCGCGGCGCAGGAGGAUCCCUGCGGCCGCGAUGUACAUGAUUGGUCAACGCUCCGCCGCCAAUCCGGACCAGGCCAACACGGGCUCCACUAUCCGCCGUAUCCGGAGGAUCGGCGUGGACCGCGGAUCCCCCUUCAACCCGGUCGUCGUGCUCCGGGCACCAUCCGGUAGCAGAGAGACACGUCGCUUCGAGCUUUACUACGACGACGGCGGUGGUUCCGGGCUCAGACCGUUGCCUCCGAGCGUAUCGGAGUUUCUGUUGGGGUCCGGGUUCGACCGCCUCCUCGAGCAGCUCUCGCAGAUUGAGCUAAACGGCGUCGGACGGUUCGAGCACCCUCCGGCUUCGAAGUCUGCCAUUGAAGCGAUGCCCACGAUCGAAAUCGGCGACGGCCACAUAUCCACGCAUUCACACUGCGCCGUGUGCAAAGAAGAGUUCGAAUUGGGAUCGGAGGCCAGAGAGAUGCCCUGCAAGCACAUAUACCACACGGACUGCAUUCUCCCAUGGCUCUCGCUUCACAAUUCCUGUCCGGUCUGCCGCCACGAGCUGCCCGCGGAUGUACCGACCGUGGCGGCGGAGCCUGUCCUCGCCGAGAGCGGGCAGGCGCGGCCUCUGGAUGAGAACGUCGGGCUGACGAUAUGGAGGCUUCCGGGAGGUGGGUUUGCGGUGGGGAGAUUUUCCGGGGGGAGAGGAAGAGGCAGCGAGCUUCCGGUGGUGUACACGGAAGUCGAUGGAGGGUUCAACAAUGGCGGUGCCCCGAGGAGGGUUUCGUGGGCGGCGAGGGGCAGGGGAGGGAGCGAGGGCGGUGGGUUUGGCCGGGCGGUUCGGAAUUUGUUCUCGUGCUUUCGGGGAAUUGGGUCUUCGGGGUCGAGUUCGAGCGCUAAUUUGGAUAGGCCAGCGGCUAGGAGAGCGAGAUCGAUGUCUUUGACGUCGAGGAGGCGGAGGACUUGGUCUCUGGAAUUGAAUACUAGGAGUAGGGAAUGGUAACAAAUGGGAAAUGGCCGAGAAGUUGUCAACUUUGGCUUCUGGGAUGGUUUCCAAGGGGAAGGGGGGGUGUAAGUGUGUAUAUAGUGAGAAAGGGAGAAUCGGGGGUCUCCCAAUUCACAGUUCCAUUAUGAAGGAAAGGAAAUAAGUAUCGAACUCUUAUAUGCAUAAAAGAGGAGGGAGCUAGCAAGAGCAGCGGGAGAGGCCGGAGAGAGAGAGAGAGAGAGAGAAAGGGAGGGAGACUGCGUUUGAAGGUGGCUUCUGUGGGCAGCAACCAGCAAGAAGGUACAUGAGUUUUGUGUACCAGUACCAUGGUGCUUAUGCAAGUUUCGUGAAAUUGAAUUAGAAUUACGUGCAACUGUUAUUUAUUUUCUUUUUUUAUAUAUAUUUUUUCUUAGAUUGAUUUUCAUCAAAUCUUAAUAUCUACUUAGCUUCA